CAAAUAAAGCCCAUGAUGACCAUAUACAAGUUCACCGGCGAGGCCUUGCCUUUCUCCGCCGCCGGGAAAAUCGAAUCAGAGAGCUACCACCGUGCGAUAAAGAUACUGGUCGCCGUUAAGCGGGUCGUCGACUACGCCGUCAAGAUCAGGGUCAAACCUGACAAGACCGGGGUCGAUGUACAGAAUGUGAAGAUGUCGAUGAAUCCGUUCCGCGAGAUCGCGCUCGAAGAAGCCCUUCGAAUCAAAGAGGCGGGCAUCGCCGGCGAAGUCGUCGCCGUCAGCAUCGGACCCGCCCAGUGCGUCGACACGCUACGGACGGGUCUAGCGAUGGGUGCGGACCGGGGAAUCCAUGUGGAGGCGAAUCCAGACCUUGUCCCUCUGACGAUUGCGAAGAUUAUGAAGAAGCUCGCUGAGAUCGAGAACCCUGGGUUGGUUUUCCUUGGUAAACAGGUACCUUGUCUGGCAAUAGACGAUGACUGCAACCAAACUGGACAAAUGGUCGCAGGAUUGCUUGGUUGGCCACAGGCAACAUUUGCCUCAAAGGUUGUAUUGGACAAGGGCAAACAGGUGGCAACAGUGGAUAGAGAAGUGGACGGCGGCCUGGAGACCGUUAGUGUGGACUUGCCUGCCGUGAUAACAACUGACUUGAGACCGAUAAAGAAAAUGACGGCCGAGGAUCUGAACAUAGACCUGGAACCCGACAUUGAGAUCGUUGAAGUCAAGGAGCCAAGAGGAAAGCAGGUGUCGUCGUUUCAUCGGUGGACGAAUUGAUCGAUAAGCUCAGAAACGAAGCUCGUCUACUUUGAAAAAGAAACCCCCUUUGUUGUGAUCUUGAAGCUGUCUAAGGGUCAGCUUGACACAGCGUCAAAGUCAUUUGCCGUGGGACAUGAGAUCGCGGAUUCAAAUCAAUCUCUCUCUAUAAAAAGUAAGGAAGUAUCUUCUUUUCCCAACUCUCCACUAGAUAGAUAUCGGAAUUGAAUUGCAAAGUGUAUCCCCCAUCUCGGGUUCGAAUCUCAAGUUGGAAAGGGAGCAUAAUUCAAAUCACAUGGUUCGAUCCCAUUCCCAAAAUUAGUCUGGACCUCGACAUAGAAUCCAUAAUACCCAGCUACCCAAAAAAAUCUUGAGGCUGUCCUAGGAAUGGUAAGCAUCUUCCCACGUUUUGCCAUCUCGAAAAUGGAUCGUUCUUGGACACUGAGUGGGCGUAUAUUUAGGGUUAUUUGUGGUUGAGAUCGUUCUUGGUUGAGAUCCUUAUUUGUGGUUAAGAACUCCUAAAUAAAAUUAAUUUUAUUUUUCUGCAA